UCGACCUAUUUUUUUUUGUUUUCAGCCAAAAUGAGCGAAGCGGACACCUACGUGUUCCGAGAUCAAUCGAGAUUUUGGAUUCAGAGAGUGGUGGUGCCAAUUUUGGUCUGCAUCGGCGCCGCUGGAAACAUUCUUUCGAUAAUCGUCCUGACGAGACGUCGGAUGAGAAGUUCGACGAAUGCGUAUCUGACAGCUUUGGCCGUCGCCGAUUUAAUUUAUCUGCUCUUCGUGCUUCUCCUGUCCUUCACGCACUACCCCAACAUUCACGAUCACAAAUUCGAGCUCUACUGGAGGUUCUACGGGAUCAGCCAUUGGCUUUGCGAUGCGGCAAGUGAGUAUUUUCGCCCCAUGUCAAGUGUCAAUUUUAUUUUCGCGAUUGACUUUGGCCGACCGCCAAGGUGA